AUGUACUUCGAGUACGGCUUCCCCACCGCCGAGCAGUUCACCCGCCUGUGCGGGGCAACGCCCCAGAGUCUGGGGCUCAAGCCCGUGGAUGCACGGACAGAAGAAGGCAAGAUGACCACCGGCUAUAUCGUAUCCCUGGACGGCAUCAGCUUCGGCGACUAUGUCUCGAUGCGCAAGCUCCAGGUAUUCCAUGAGCUGGAGGUGCUGUGGCAGAAAUUGUAUGUGGAACCGGAGCUACAGCUCAACACGGCCCAAGGCCAACAGUGGUACGACCACGCGGGCAAGAAGCUCGUGUCCAACCGAGCCGCAGGCUUUAAGGUCUGCGGUCGCAGCGGGCUGAAGUCGCUGUCAGAGCUGAAGCUGACGGUGCAGGAGAUUCAAGCAGGGUUUUCAGAUGAGGAUCCACAUGGACCGCCACCGCCAGCUGAAGGAGACAACCCCGAGGGGGCCGAGAAGGCCGACUUGGAAGCUCUACAGAACCUGGAGGACGGUGCGGCUCCAGGUGUUCGGCACGGAAUGGGGUUCGCUGCCUUUGAUGAAGACGAGGAAGCGGAUGCUAAGAAGCCCAAACCGAAGAAGCGCAAGCAGCCGGCUCCGGCGGAGGAGCCUGCCAGCGACGACGACAUGGUGGCUGGCGGAGACAGCCUCUUGGAGUUAGGUCAGUCGGACGGAGAGAUGGCAGAUGUUGCGCGACGCCAUCACCAGCUAACAAACAAGAGCCCUACUUGCUUCUCGAAUCUUCAAGUGGUGCGGAUCCUUCAGGGAGAGAAGUUGGGAAAGGCUGUUCAAGGAGCGAAGAGCUGUUUGAAGACCCUGGUGAACAACAAGGUCAAAGAGCAGCAUGCGCUGCACGACCGGAUUGCACGCUGUGAGGCUGCCAUGCAAUUGAUGGGGGAGCCUCUCCGGACUAUCUCUCAACCGGAAUUCUUGAAGCUGAUCCUGGUUUUGCGAGACGACCUCUCCGGGGCCCCCUUUUCCUUGCAGACUGCCAUCACAGGCAAGUUGAUACAAGACCAGUUGCAGGAGGCGGUGAAAACCACAGAUCGGAAGGAAGCCUCGAAGCUGAUGGAGAACAUCGCAGCACGCAUGCUUUUCCCUGUUUCGACAGCCAACAGUGAAUCUGGCACUGUCCGGAAGCUCCAAGUCCGUCUUUGUGAUGUUCAGGCGCCUAGCUUUGCACCUCUCCUGGAGCAAGCGAUGAAGCAGGCUUCCAGUGUCUCCGCAGAUGUGACAGACUUGGAGGACAUGGAUCUGUUCGGGGAGGAGCCGCAGAGUGGUGAUUGCGAGAAGAAGAAGAAGGGUGACAGUGACAGUGACCUGGAAAGCAACAUCCAGGCUCUUGCUGGAGAGAUUCUUGAGUGUUUGGCGAGCGACACCGUGAUCGAUCUCUUUUGCAAGCUCAAGGAUACAGACGCGCAGCGCCUGCUCCUGACCUUCUUCAAGAGUUUCCUCUCGGCCCUGCAGAACAACCCAGGCUGGGAUGAACUCCUCGGCUUUCCCUCCCUGCAGCCUGUGCGCGAUUCGGUGCAAAGCUUCAAGCGAUUUGUGAGCUGUGUGCAUGAGUUGGUGCAAGCAGACCAUGAAGUCCGCUCAUUUGAGGGCAUCCAGUAUUUCCUGAAGUACAAGGGCACAAGCCCUUGGGAAAGAACGAUCUGCAACAUCCUGACGAAGCCAGAGCGGAGCGAUGCAGAGGGUUCUGCAAAGGAAGCCCGAGCACAUCUUCGGGACUUGGUUGAGGAUGCAUUGAAGACAAGUGCUAGUUCCCUCAAGUUCGAGCCCACUUUCCUUCUGUGCAUGGAGAAACUGAAGGCAGAGCUACCAAGCAUUCAAGACUUGAAGUUCGCGGCAGAGAAUCUGCCGGGUUUCAGGGAAGGGCUCCGCAAGGGCCGAGCGCAGUCGAUGGAGAACAUGCUUGUUCAGAAACUCUCAGCGGCGGCAGCGAGUGUUUUCCGGAAGACGACAGCGGAUGACAUCUCGUCGGAGGAUGUUGAUUCUCUCGUGGCCUUGCUCAAGAAGUACGCGCAGCACAGCGACUGCUUCGAUGCAGCCAACCAGCUCGUGCAAUGGGCCACCAAGCACAACUGCCGGCUUCACCAGGAGGCCCUUGCCCGCGUCUUGGAGACCUACUUGAAGAAGGUGGGUGAGUCAUCCGAGAAGGUCUGCCUCUUCGAGAUCAUGCCCUUGGAUGACAUCAAGGCAUUGGCGCGAAAAGCUCGGCCGCCCAGCGACAGCAAGGUUCCCGAGUCAUUGCGUGGUCGUCUUCUCGAAGCUACUGUGCACUUGCUGCAGCUGUCUGUUCAGGAG